AUGAUAAAGAUGAAGUCUGUUUUGGUUGUGCUGCUCUGCUAUGUGGCUCUGGGAAAGGCGGAUCCCGAUUGUGAAAGCCUUCUCAAACCAAUACAUUACAAUCAUGAUGAGCUGCGGGGCCGGUAUCACUUCCUCGCUGGGACCUCUUUCCUCCCAGGAAGCCGAACCUGGCCCUACACCUUGAGUGGGGCUUGGGUUGACUCCUUUCCCACAUCCCAAAGUGACUUGUUUGAGUUUGCCCAAGCUCAAAGAAUGUUUGGCAAAUGUUUUUCUGUGAAAUUUAAUAUGACAGUUGAAAAUGACGCAUUUGUGAUGAAGCAGCCUGAACACUCAUUUUUUCUGAAAGACGAGUACCUGUCAAGUGGCUGCCCCGAUUGUGUGACGCUGUAUGAAACAGCCAUCUCUGGGAAUGAAACAUUUCUCAGUUUGCUGUUUUUCAGAAAGAGUAAAACUGUUCCAGAUUCUGCUCUGGAGCUGCUGAAGAAGCAGGCAGUGUGUCUUAAGAUGCCUUCAGUCAUGAUGUUGAACCCAAAUUCUGAGGAUUGUCCUGUCGACCCUGCACCAAUGGAUGGUGCCGACGCUUUCAGAUUUUACAACAGUGACUACAGGGACAACAGUGACCGAUCCAUCAUGAAGCUGCUGCCCACUGUGGCCUUGCUCAGCCUCCUCCAUGUGGGACACACAGCUCCUGCCAUCAACUGUGACAGUCUCACACAAAAGAUCAACAUUGACAGCGGAAACCCGCUGUUGGGAAACUGGAUGUACAUAGCAGAGACCUCCACCGUCCCAGGAACAAAAGCACUGACCAAGAAAUUUGUAGACAGUGUAGUGGUGAAUGUUACUCCUCUGCCAGAUAACAGAAGUAUCAAAUUCACACAAAUUCAAAAAACGUUUGGCAACUGCAUGUCCCUUUCAACUAUUAUACUUGUGGCCAACAACACAAUGCAAAUGACCAAGCCAUACAUUUCUUCUGAAACUUUGCUGACCACUGGUUGCCCCGAUUGUUUGGUUAUAAUGGGUAAUUUCACGCUUGGAUCAUCUUACUAUCAGAGCCUGGUGCUGCUGAGUAAAAGACGGAUAUUGAGCUCUGCAGAACUGGACGAGUUCAAGAAUCAGGCCAGCUGUCUAAAUCUCCCAGCACCUGCUUUCCUCGAUCCAGAGAAAGAGCUCUGUUCAGAGGAGCAGGCCACAGCCGGGACUGACCUCACCAAGGUCCUUAACUCUGACAUGGGCUCGCAGAUCGUGGGGAUGCUAGACACCAUCAUCAGUAACCCAGAUGGCCUCUCAAACUUACUCAAUGUUUACUUGGGAAACUUGCCAAUAACAAAAGGAGACUGA